UCAGCAAGCUCCAUCGAGCUCAAAAAGGACAGCAGUUUGUUGGAUGUCAGUCAGUCGACUCUCAGACGCUGUGGCGAUCGCUUUGCCAAGUUCUUCAGCUGAAUAUCCAUUUUUUUUUGUGAUUUACUCACGAAAAUCGCAAAUUCAACCAACCGCAAAGUGUUUUUGGCCAUUCAUUUCGCCCCGUUCGCAACUGCCUCGGACACUUAAAAUGUGAAUACAACUAGGUGUUUGGUGUGUGGGCGAUAGAGUCAACUGCAAGUUCGAUCCGAAAAAAAACUUCCACUGUCGUUGCUUUCUUUUGGCAGCGCCCUACUUUGCAUUUCGUUUCAUUCAGCGCCAGUGACGUCUCAUCUAGUCAUUGAAAUCGUCAACUCUAGUCCUCGUUUUCUCGUCAAAUCUCUAGUCACCAUCUAUAGUCUCAUCUGAUGUAUACGCGUAAACAUCUAGUCAACUGUUUAACUUUGUCUACGUCAACAUUUCUAGUCACCGUCAAUUAAGAAUCCCAUAGUCAUUCCAUAGUCAUCAUGUCCCAACGCUGGACAUCGUUGCUCUAGUCAUUUUCAUUUCCCCCUUUCAAUCCUAUACAUAUAGUCACAGACACAGACACACAAAGAAACUGUUGUUCUUCAAUUGCAGUGUUUAAAAAGUACCCGGUGCUCUUAUUUAAAAAAAAAGAGAUAAUCACUAGUCACUUGUAGUCAACCAGUGGGGGGAGAGGGGGGCCAAUGCCACCGUAGAAUUAAGCGUCGAGAUAGCGACCAUGCCGCGAGGAUUCCUAGUCAAACGCAAUGACGAACUGCUCUCCGUCGUUAUGGGCGAAACUGCCAUCGAUGCGGCACAGAAAGGCCUAUACCAUGCGCCCGAUCAAGAAGAAGGCGAAGAGGCCAACGAGGACGGCGAACAGGAUGCCCUCGAUUUAACUUUGGCUUCGAGUCAUGACCCGACGACGGCUCACCUGUCCUUCGAGAUCUCCAGUCAAACUGCAUCGGCAGCCGCGUCACAGCGUCAUCGGCAUGCGGCGCAAGACAGUCGUCAUCAUCAUCGUCAAGUGGUUGGUGGUGUAAGCAGCCAAGAAAAGGAGCAAUUAAGGCGUCAGGGGCGAGUCAUGAGCGCCAAAGUGUGGCGACCGGCGUUGCCCGACGCCUCGUCAUCGCCGCCGCUGCCGCUUUCGACCAAUGCUUGCGGCCGGAGGCCUGCGGAAGGGACGGACGCGUUGCAUGAAUCAACGGAGAAGAAUUCGGUUGCACCGCCAGCAAAGGUUGUCGACAAAGGUCGUGACUACUGCGGAGAUUCUUCGGCGUCGGUUCUCAGACUUCAGUUGGCGACACCUGAUGCGACUGUUUCCUGUUCGCCGACUUCCGGAGGUGGCGAUUGUCGACCGGAAGAAGCGGAUCGGCUGCUAGAGCAACGACAGCAGUCGCCUGGAGCAGCCAGCAGGUCUUCCGCCCUCUGCCUGGAGGCGGCGCUUCGCUGGUACCAGCAGCGUUCCGUCUUCAUGUCGACGCUGAACGCCGCCGCGGCUGCCGCAGCGGCCGCAGCCGGCGCCGCCGCUCCCGCUGAACAUCUCGAAGCUCAUCACCAUCCAUUGUACCUGCCCCUGGCCAACUUGCAUCACCUCCACCAGCAGCAUCAGCAGCAACAGCAGCAGCAACCUUCUUACGCUUCGCCAUUCCAUCAGCAUCAGGCGUCGUCGGGUGGUCUUCAACCAUCAGCGCCACCUGGCGUUGGAAUGGCCAACCACAACCAGCAGCCACCCCAACAGCCGCACCACCUGGCCGUUGCUCACCCUUCGCAUCUGUACCCGCACUUGGCGUCACUCCUGGUGCCCGGUAUCAUCACUGAGUGCCCUUCACCUGUCAGCCCGCUCAUGCUCACCCCUAAAGCAGAGCCCGAGCAGCUGGAACACAGCGUCGCUCAUCGACAGACGGCGGCGUCAGUAGGUAGACAGCCGUCAUCGGCCGUCAUCCAUCAUCAUCGCCACCAUCAACAAGCGACACAACAACCGACCGAAAAUGGACUUUUGUUGGACCUCAGUUUCAAAUCCACGGCUGCGACGGUGGCGACAACAGAUUCCCACCUAUUGUCACCUCUAGCCCGUCUGGCCAACCAACACGGCCGGACGAAUGCUUUUAACCAGCCGCCGUCGGCCAGUCCGUCCGUCCUAGCGCCCAGCAGCCAAUCAAAGUCGUCACGCGCUCUGGCGACGAAUAACUCGUCCACGGCCAAGAAAAGAUCAGCGGCCAGCAGCAGCAGCGGCACCGCCAACAACAACAACCCGAACGGCGAAGACGGAACAUCUCCGCACGCGGGCGGCGCUAAAAAAUCGAAAGGGCCGAACGGCAGCGCCAGCAAAAAAUCCAGUAAAGCCGUGCGUCGACUGACUUUCGACGACGAGCUUAUCUCGCCCGUUUCGGGCACGAUUAUCAGAGACGCGGCCGAUAUGCCGACAAUGGUCGGCGGUGAGGACGGCCUAGUGGUGCGUCCGGGCGAUAUCGAUCCGGCCUUCAACAUCGUCGAAGUGACCGAAGAGGCUCGAGCCGAGCUGGCCAAAAUAGAUAAUCGCAUUGGCGACUAUCUGUGCCGUCUGUGUCGAGUCGUUUUCGAUGACGCCUUUGGUUUGGCCCAGCACCGCUGCCCGCGUAUCGUCCACGUCGAAUACCGAUGUCCGGAAUGCGAUAAAGUAUUCAAUUGUCCGGCCAAUUUGGCCUCGCACAGGCGUUGGCAUAAACCCAGGCCAGCCAAUGGCUCCCUUUCGGCCAAGGCCGCCAGUAAAAGCGCAACGGCCGCAGGUAUGAAUAAUAACAACAACCCGGAAAAACCUUCGCCAUCUUGGCCGGCAGGUGCGACCUCGUCUGCCGUCACUUCGGCCGGCCAUGGUUUCGUGCCGGCAGUUCGAUCCGCUUUUCAUCCGGCCGUCUUUUCCGGCUCGUCGCUGUUGAUGCCCAACUACAACUUCGGUUCGGGCGGGUUGGUUCAAGAUUUCAGUCAUUCCAAUAAGUCGUCGUCGACCACAUCUUCACCUUCGUCCUCUUCGUCGUCGUCAUCGUCGUUAUCCUCGUCGUCGGUCUCCGCUUACGACGGCUUUAUGCAUCAUCACGUGUCCUCACCUUCGCCCGUUUCUCCCGGCGGGGUUCUUAUGACGUCUGGCGGUGCGGAGGAAAAAACACAAAUGCAUAUCCCUCAUAUGCCCCAGCUGCGAGCUGGAGCCACGUAAUUAUCUGGUCACGUGUCUUUUUUUUAUAUAUUUUUUUUAAAUUAUUUCUAGUCUUUUUUUUUCUGGGUGGGGGGGGAUUAUAUUAUUCGAUUUAUAUUUAGUUUUGAUGUUUUGCAUUUUUUUUUAUUUUCGUAUAUAAAAUUCCCAAUAUUGAAUUACCAAAAUGAUAUCGAAGUUUGUCGCUUCAAUACGUUCGGAUGAGUAUUUACUCUAGUCACAUUGUCACAGUCUCAUCUCCUGCAGGGCUAGUCAUUAGUCAUUCCCCUUCGAAUCUAAUCCAGUCGCUCUAGUCGCUUUUGAUUGAGACCUUGAUUUUUUUUUAUUGUGUGUGUGUGUGUGUGUGUGUGUGUUUUCUUAAGUGGUAGUUCUUAGUAGUGAUAUAACAGUGAAAUUGUGUUUUGAUCAUGUUUGUUCUACAUCCUGCCUUCCGUAUCGUUGGGCAUGGGUGUAGACGUCAGGCCGACCGGUGGCAAUUUUCAGUAUGCAAAAAUUGGCAAUCUAACCUCGAUAAUCGCUCGUUUCAUGGCUUCUAUUCAAAUCGAUUCCAAAUCGCAGAUGCUGUUCGUUGAUAGUUCCAUGCUCUCGUAAAAAGACAUUUAUUGAUGGUAUAUUCCACAUGCUACAUAUAUAACAGAGCCCUUAUAUAUAUAUACAUAUUUAUUUAUUAGAAGAGAUUUAACAGAUAAAUGAUUUGAUCAGUAGAUUAUAUAUUCGAUGUGAAAAUGAGGGUCACGUUUAGUCAAACUAGUUACACGCAGUCAUCGUCUGAAAUGAUAUCGUUGCUUCUCGAUUUCAUUAUGGAAGGCUCUGAUUUGGUACGUCAAGCUUUAAGUAUAUAGAAAGAAAAAGGGCUGGGUUUUCAGCGCUCGAGCGUUUCAGUCUUUCAACCCGUUUUCAUUUCCAUUCGUAGCCUAAUCUUACUAAAUAUGAAUGUCAUGUAUUUCUCAUUGCUUUCGUUAUACGUUGGCUGUUUAACAGAAUGACGUGUAUACUGUACCUGUGUUUCCCGUAAUUUCCCUUUGCCAUUCCUUUUGUAUUUGAUUUUUUCCUUGAUCUUUUUUCCCCUUUGAAUUUCUGCAACGAGUUACACCUCGAGAUAUUCACUUUGCUGAUUUCCAUUGCCGUCGGAGGUAACACUCCGUUGCCCGGGAGGAUUUCGUGAGUGCCAUCUAGUCAUUAAGUGUAGUGAGUGCGGACAUUAUUCUCAACGUUGGAUUUACCUAGCUGAGUCAACUGUCAUUUUUUGGGUUACAUUCAUGUUCUUCAUUCUGGGAUUGCCUGACAUUUUAGUCGUUGUCAGGAUUUUUUUUUUUUUUUUUAACUUUCAAAUGACAUUUUGAGUAAUUGGGGUCAAGGGGGGGGGGUUUAUCAAAAAGGGGGAAAACGAGAUAUAAAGCGCUUAGAAAUUCCCGACUGUUGCCAUGUAAGAAUGAGCUGAUCAUCCAUCUCUAUUUUUCUUUCGGUUCCAAUUUGCAUUCCCAGUUCGUCAACAUGUUGUCCAAAAUUGAAGAAAAUUGGCUGGUGGCCACGUCUGUAAGGAUCUCAAGUCUGUCUUAGAAUUUAUCUUAGUCAUCCUUUAUGUUGCCAUCGCGAAGAGUUGCUUUAAUGUUUCCCAUUUCCCAUGUUGAGUGUCCCUUUUGUCUUUUAAUUGCGUCAUUUUAAUUUGCAUCAUUGUCUCGGUUCUUAAGUCAAGCGUACUAUGUAUUAAUAA